AAACCCCACCCCAGAAAAUCUAGUCAUCUCAGCAUGUCACCUCAGCAGUGAGAGCAGGCAAACAUUCAAAGGGGAGAAAGAGACAGACAGAGAGAGAGAGAGAGAGGGGAGAGGUCACUGUAUCAGAGGAGAGACUACUAAUUCCUGCAUUUUUAUAUAUUCUGUUUGCUGGUGUCAGCAUAUAGCAGCUUUUUCCACUCCUGUAAACUUGACUGGUGAAUGCAGAUUUGAGAGAAGAAGAAGAGAAGAGAAGAGAAGAGAAGAGAAGAGAAGAGAAGAGAAGAGAAGAGAAGAGAAGAGAGGAGAGGAGAAGAGAAGAGAAGAGAAGAGAAGAGAAGAGAAGAGAAGAGAAGAGAAGAGAAGAGCAGAGAUUUGCAUUUGGCUGUUUUGACUUUUGUUAUUCACAUCUGGACAGUGUUUUCCUCUUCACCAUGGCGUGCAGGUGGAACCUCCUGGUACUGGUUCUGUGCCUCUCCCUCGGCACGGUCCUGUCAAAACGUUGUCCUCCAGGAUUCACUUCUGAGGGGCAAAUAUGCAUUGAUACCGAUGAAUGUGAUGAGUUUAAUUAUAUCGGGCAAUGUGGAGAUAAUGCACGCUGUCUCAACACGGUGGGCAGCUACUUCUGCCAGUGUGUUGACGGUUUCAGAUCAACAAAAGGGAAUGUGAAUUUUUCAGCUGAAACAUCUGAGAAAUGUAAAGAUAUCAAUGAGUGUGACGACAGCACCAUCUGUGGACCUAAUGCCAAAUGUUCUAACCAAAUUCCACAUUACUACUGCACUUGUGAGAGUGGAUUUAUCUCUGGAGUGGAAAAGUUUCAGAACAGUGACAAUGUUACAUGUGGAGAUAUUAAUGAGUGUCAAGAGGUAAAUGUUUGUGGGCAGAAUGCAGAGUGCAAGAACACACUUGGCAGUUAUUACUGUGUCUGCAAUGUUGGCUUUGGACUGAAAUCUGGAAAACUCAAUUUCACUGGGAGUCAGGAGCAAUGCGAAGACAUAUGUAAGAUUGAUAAGACAAUCUGUGGAAAUGGGACCUGCCACCGUGGAGCCACCGGCCAUUACUGUGCAUGCCACGCAGGGUUCACUAACUAUGGCAACAAAGAGUCUCGCUGCACUGAAUUAAAGUGCGAUGAAUUCAAAGACAUGAACAUCCUCUCGACAUUUCCCAUUGCACAUGAUCUUCUGAUGCAGCUGAAAAAGACCUGUUUGGAGCUUACAAAUAAUGAGACUUCAACAUUCGACUUUGUUGGAGAGGACAUACUAGAGAGACUGUUGUCUGUGAUCGACAAGUACUUGUCUAGUGGAGCCUUCAACGAUAACAGGAAAGUCUCCACCUUUCUGGACUUGGUGGAGAAUGCUCUGAGACUGACGGGAGCUUUUAUUAAGACCCCCAAGACAAAUAAAUCCUUCAAAUACACAGAACUGGAGAUGUUGGUACGUAAAGGGUCUGACAUACCCAAGGGAGCUGUGAAUUUAUCAUCUAAGCAUGCCCAGGUGGAUAUGCAGUGGGAGACAGCUGCAGGAGAUCCCUCCCUUUACCCAGGUUUUGCAGCAGUGUCCUUGCUGACCUAUAGAACGCUGGAAGAGUUUGCAAAUGGCUUUUUUAGUGGGAUGAAACCACAAGAGAACGAAAGCUUUAAGCUCAACUCCAAAGUCGUGACUGUCACCGUCAGUAACAGAAACACAAGCCGCCUAGAAAAACCAGUCCAAUUGAAUUUCAAACACCUGGAAGAGUUAAAUAAAAACCACACCUGUGUGUUCUGGAAUUCCUCGGAGCACGGAGGCUCGUGGUCUGCUGAAGGUUGCAGUGUGGUGGAGUCCAACCUUACUCACACCGUGUGUUCCUGCAACCAUCUGAGCAGCUUUGCUGUGCUUAUGGCGCUCUAUGACAUUGAGGAACAGUACAAGUUUCAGUUGCAGCUGAUCACUUGGGUGGGUCUGUCCCUUUCACUGGUUUGCCUGUUCAUCUGCAUCCUAACGUUCUGGCUGAUCCGCUCCAUCCAAAGCCCAAGAACCACCAUCCACCUGCACCUCUGCAUCACCCUCUUCAUUGCUACCCUCAUCUUCCUUGCCGGCAUCAGUCGUACAGAGAACAAGGUUGGCUGUGCAGUGGUAGCAGGACUGCUGCAUUUCUUCUACCUGGCAGCAUUUUGCUGGAUGUGUCUGGAGGGCAUACAACUCUUCAGGAUGGUAGUCCUGGUAUUUAACGCCAACUUGAAAACCCGCUACAUGAUGGCAGGCGGCUAUGGAGUUCCAGCUUUAAUUGUCGCCAUCUCUGCUUUAGCCAAUGCCAAGGGAUAUGGCACCAAGGAAUAUUGUUGGUUAAACCUGGAUUCCAUUUGGGGGUUUUUUGCCCCUGCCUGUAUCAUCAUCUUUAUAAACAUCUUUUUCUUCCUCAUCACUGUGUGGAAGUUGGCACAGAAGUUCUCAAGUUUAAACCCUGACCUAGACAACCUGCAGAAAAUAAAGACGUUCACCAUUACUGCAGUGGCUCAGCUGUGUGUGCUGGGCACCAUGUGGAUCUUUGGUUCUUUCCAGUUUUCGAAAGGCACUAUAGCCAUGUCUUACCUGUUCACCAUCUUUGGCAGCAUCCAGGGGAUCAUGCUCUUUGUCAUGCACUGUCUAUUUUCUAAACAGGUGAGGGAAGAGUAUGGAAACAUCCUGUCCAGAUGCUGUGCACCUCGGAAGAGCUAUUCAGAGUUCAGUUACAACAGCAAAGCUCAUGCAUCCAAGAGCAGCCAGGACACAGGAGAGUCUCAUAUCUGAGGAGCUUAACGGCGACUUGGAAGCAAAGUCUGCCAUUUCAAACACACGGUCGACUACUGUCCUCCUGUUUGAAGCCAAUGCACCAGUUUGCUUUUCCGCAAAAUACUGUAAACAUUCUCAUUCUUUAUCAUGUGUGGUAUUUUAAGCUACUGAAAUGAAACUGUUGAUCAUGACAAGUUCAACAAAAAUGGAAUAUUUUGAUAUUUGAGCAAAGCUUUUAAGAUGACACAUGAUUCAAGCUUAUGAUGCACUGUACUUUCAUGCAAGCAUUUAUUUUAUUGGAGUAUGUACCUCAGUUUGGAAAAGAAAUCUCCAGAUGUUUUGUUUUUUUUUUCAUUUGUGAAAAAAGUGAACCAAUUUUGAACCAAAAUAUAAAAAUAAUAAAUGAUAUUAUGAGGACCUGUUUUAUCAGGUAAAUCAAAUAUGGCUUGUUGUGUCAUCCAGGUACUGUAUCCAAUCAGCAAAGACAAUCGGAAAGAUUAGAUUUCUGAAGCAAGCACUUUUUUUCUGUAUCACUUGUCACCAUAUUUAAAUUGACAGUAUCUGAAUAUAACCAACAAAAAGAGGGGCAAUAAUGAGACAGAGAUGGAUUUUAAGCAUAUUUUUAUGUAUAUUUUGCUGGGCAAUUCAACAUGUAUUAAUAAGUUACUGCAUUACUGCUCAAUUCAUUGUGCUGUAACAUUUCAAAUGUAUAUAUAGAGUGUUUUUUUUUAACUUACUGUAAAACUUGAAUAUUAAAAUCAGCUUUUGUUUUUAUUUUCCACUGGAGUAUUAGUACUGUUGUAAGCACUGGUUUAGCAUAUAUUUGAGUUUUCUCAUAGAUAUUGUUUGGUUUUAUUAUCUAGUUCUGUAUUAUCAAUGAAAUAUUUUCUAUCCUUGGUGUGAAUUAUUCAGGGUUUUUUUGUGUGUUUUGCAAGCUUUUUUUUUUCUUCAUGUCUCUCCUUGAAAUUGUAACAUA